ACACUGCUUUGAUUUGAUUCUACCUAAACAAAAACAUUAUUGAUUUUAGAUUCCUAUUUUUCAGGUUUUUAUUUGAUUUUACGGUUAAUUUUGAAUCAUGUGUAUUAAUAAACGUUCAACAUGAAUUUUUCCGAAAGUGAUAGCGGUCAAAAUUACCGAAACAAUGAAAACGGAAGUUGCUUAUUAUUUAAUAACCUGCAGGAGCACCAAGAAUUAGUUGACUUCACAAAUGUGUGCCGUAUCUGUGCCAGUACAGCAGAUCAAUCUUGCCCAGUAUUUGAUGAACUUGGCCAAUGUAAUGACCUGGCGGGGAAAAUUAAUAAAUAUCUACCAAUAAAGGUGUCACAGGAAGAUGGUCUGCCACAAGUGAUCUGUGAGCAAUGUCGGAGCACACUCCUGGCGUGGGAUGAGCUGGUGCAGUGCUGUAUACAGGCUAAUGUGGUGUUGCAGCAGAAACUACUGGAUCCCGAUAAAACAAAACAAGAGGAAAGAGCAGGAUUUACAGAAUCACCCAUACAGACUGGGACUCCCCGACGCGUCAGCUUUGAGGCUUUCCUGCUUGACCAGGAAGAAAAUGAUGAUCUGAGCGACCAUAAGAGUAAUACAGAAAGUGACUGGCAAAACACACAUGCUGAAAUCGUUUCGGACGAUGACGAUAGACCUCUCGCAGCCAUAGCAAAAUCGAAAUCCAAUUUAUACCAGGAUUUUUAUGACGCACUCGUGAAUUUCCGAAAUCAUUUCGUAACAGAGCACGAUAGCCAAAUCGUAUGUUCCGACUUUUCUGAUUCAAGUGACUCUGAAGAUGCAAAAGAGAGGGAUUCGGAAAAAGUAAACUUGAACAGCUUUGAUGAUCUCACGGAUUGUAACAUGCGGAAGGAUAAAAUGGAUGAACAAACCCGGACGGAACUCAGCCAAGUACAAACAAAAAUCAACGGCAAAGUUUACUACACUUGCAAAAUUUGCGGGAAGCAUCUCAGUUCCACACAUACGUACAUAUUCCAUAAACGGAUACACACUGGGGAGCGACCUUGUGUGUGUCACAUUUGUGGGAAGCAAUUCCGUGCCCCGAACGGCUUGAAACGCCACGUGACCGAAACACAUGAGAAACAACGCUGGUACACCUGUAUAGUCUGUUUCAAGAACUUCGCGAAUUCUCAGAACUUGAAGCAGCAUAUGAGGAUUCAUACUGGGGAGCGACCCUUUGUGUGUCCACACUGCGGGAAAAGAUUUACGCAGAGCGGCUCUUUGCACGUACAUUUAAAGACGCAUAGUGACCAUUAUCCGCACCACUGUGCGGAAUGCGGCGCUAAAUUUAGACUUCGUUCAGGAUUAACCCGACAUCGGCUAAAACACACAGGUCAACGACCACACGUCUGCGUUCAUUGCGGUAAAGGAUUUCGACAGAAACACGAGUUGAACAGCCACAUUCUCGCCCAUACUGACUCGAAGCCUCACGCGUGUACAUUCUGUGGUACUGCGUUCCGACAACGCAGGGCUCUGAGGCACCAUUGCAAACGCUUACAUCAGAACGAAGUUAGCGACGCGACGCAAAUACCAAAUGUGUACAAUCAUGUCGGGCAAUACGAGGGAUAGGAAUGUUUUCCUUCUGCCUUAGCAUUAAAUUCUGGACCAAAUAUAGUUGCAUAUUUACAAAAACUGUUUUUAAUUUUCAUCCAACUUCUUGACACUACAUAUAUGUAAGAACUUCUGGUAAAACACCAUUCAUCUACAAGUCAAAAUAAAGAUUACAUAGUGGUAGACAUAGUCUUUGUGUGUCUUGCAGAAUGCACCGUUAUUUUAUCCAUAAUAAUUUCAUUCGCAUAUUGAUUUGUAUCUAGGUACUAAGGCAUUCUUGAUAAUGACAUUGAAUCAUGAUGUUGAAUGUGCUGAUAGAUUUACAAUCAGCCUUAGGCACAACGCACAUCAGCAGUGUGGAAUGGGGCCGUGUACCAAAUAUAAAUAGCUUUAUUUACUUUGGUAUAACAAUGUCGCCUUCAGCUCCGAUUUUAGAGUCCUUUGAAUCUCUCCGUGUUUUGUUUUCAUUAUACUAGUUUGAACCGUGUGAGUUUUAGUAGUAACCAAAAAAUUCUCUGCUGCACUCUACACUGUAGGUGUGCGCCAGACUUAAGUUAAUGUAUUUAAAAUUUUAUUUGCAGUCAAACAUUGAUAUGUGUGAAAAUUGAGAACGAUUGCAUCGACAAAACUACAGAACUUGGCACACUUUGCAAUCG